UCUCUCUCUCUCUCCUCUCAGCUCUUUAUCAUCCUCCUUCCUCUUCUGUCCGACUCUUCAGGUGAUCAUCAUCAUCAUCAUGGCGGAGAGGUUCGGAUACAUCAGCCGCGUGCAGAGCUUCAGCGCGUGUCACCGGCUCCACAGCGUUCACCUGAGUGACGAGGAGAACAGGAGCGUUUAUGGAAAGUGCAACAAUCCCAACGGUCACGGACACAACUACAAAGUGGAGGUCACAGUGCGAGCGAAGAUCGACCCUCUCACUGGGAUGGUCAUGAACCUGACCGACCUGAAGAGAUAUAUCGAGGAAGUCAUUAUGGAUCCUCUGGACCAUAAAAACCUGGACAGAGACGUGCCGUACUUCUCUAAAGUGGUCAGCACCACAGAGAACGUGGCCGUUUACAUCUGGGACCACAUGGUGAAGGUCCUCCCUCCAAACGUGCUCUACGAGAUCAAGAUUCACGAGACGGAUAAAAACAUCGUCAUGUAUCGAGGAGAGUAAAACACACAUUCCAGAUGUUCAGACCGACUCCGGUUUAUGAAGGCUGACGAUGAUGAUGAUGAUGAUGAUGAUGAUGAUGAUGAUGAUG